UGCACGUAGAUGCAGAAACCAAAGAGGAAAUUAAGACAAUAUCCUCUUUAUGUUAGAAAGAAACAUGCAUACAGGGAAAGGCGUUGCUUUUACAAUAGCAUUAUUGGUUCUUGGAGUCCACCAGACAGGGCUUUCACAGAACAUCAGCAGAGCCAGUUUCCCCAAGGGCUUUGUUUUUGGAACUGCCUCUGCUUCAUACCAGUACGAGGGAGCAGUGAAGGAGGAUGGAAGGGGGCCAACCAUUUGGGAUACAUUCUCACACUCUACAGGGAUAAUUCUCGAUGGCAGUAAUGCUGAUGUUGCCGUCGAUCAAUACCACCGUUAUGUCGAAGAUAUACAACUCAUGAAAGACAUGGGGAUGGAUGCUUAUCGUUUUUCGAUCGCUUGGUCUCGGAUAUUCCCUAAUGGUAAUGGGGAAAUCAAUCAAGCAGGUGUUGAUCAUUACAAUAAUCUCAUCAAUGCUCUGCUUGCUAAAGGAACUGAACCAUAUGCUACACUCUACCAUUGGGAUCUCCCUCAAGCAUUGGAGGACAAGUACAUCGGAUGGCUGGAUCCCCGAAUUAUAAACGACUUUGCUUUGUAUGCUGAGACAUGCUUUGAGAAAUUCGGCGACAGGGUGAAGCAUUGGAUCACAUUUAACGAACCUCAUUCGUUCUCCAUACAAGGCUAUUAUACAGGAUUCGAAGCACCGGGGCGCUGCUCGACCGGGUUCUGCAUGGUCGGAAACUCUUCGACUGAGCCUUACAUUGUUGCCCACAAUGUCCUCCUCUCCCAUGCAGCUGCAGCGGAUAUUUAUAGGAAAAACUACAAGGAUAAACAAAAUGGAUCAAUUGGGAUAUCAUUGGAUGUUAAAUGGUUUGUACCAGCGACAAAUGCAACAGGAAACAUUGAAGCAACUCAAAGGGCCCAAGAUUUUCAGCUUGGCUGGUUUCUAGACCCGUUGAUCUUCGGAGAUUAUCCGAGCUCGAUGAGAAGCCGAGUUGGAACUCGACUGCCAACUUUUACAGAAUCCGAGUCGGCACUUCUAAAGGGAUCAUUAGAUUUUGUUGGCAUCAAUCAUUACACUACAUAUUAUGCAAGUCAAAAUGCAACUAAUCCGAUCAGCGAUCUACUUAACGAUGUUGUAUCGGAUGCCAAUGCCUAUGCUAUACCUUUCGAUAAAGAUGGGAAGCCUAUAGGAGAUGUGGCGAAUUCUAUUUGGUUAUACAUUGUGCCCUAUGGAAUGAGAAGAUUAAUGAAUUACCUCAAGGAGAAGUAUGGAAACCCUGUAGUCAUUAUCACAGAAAAUGGAAUGGAUGAUCCAAAUAGCAUAUUGAUCCCAAUUGAAGAUGCUUUGAAGGAUGAGAAAAGAAUCAAAUAUCACACUGAUUACUUAACUAACCUGCUUGCUGCUAUUGAGGAAGAUGGAUGCAAUGUUAAAGGGUAUUUUGCAUGGUCUCUGCUGGAUAACUGGGAAUGGAAUUUUGGAUACACUUCGAGGUUUGGUCUAUAUUUUGUGGACUAUCACGAUAACCUCAAGAGAUACCCUAAAAACUCUGUUAAAUGGUUCAAGAACUUCCUGGCAUCUGCUUGAUCAUAAUAUAUAUAUAUAUAUAUAUCGAACACGAUUCGAACA